CUCUCCUUCUCCAUCCGGGCGGCCGAGGAGGUGGCGCGGGCCUUCACGGAGGAGCAGGACCUGCAGCUCUGCGUGGGGGGCUGCCCCCGCAGCCAGCGCCUCUCCCGCAACCACUGCUGCCGUGGCCGCGCCGCCGCCGAGAGGGCCCGGGCGCUCUGCAAGGAGACGCUGCCCGUGGAGGACGUCUACUUCCAGUCCUGCGUCUUUGACGUGGUCACCUCAGGGGACGCCAACUUCACCAUGGCGGCUCACGGGGCCCUGGAGGACGCCCGGGUCUUCCUCCCCGACGUGGAGAAGCUGCAUAUCUUCCAGGCCGGAGCGGGCUGCGCUCUUGUCUCUGCUCCCUUCCUCCUCCUCCUCCUCCUCACCUCUGCUCUUUGGGCUGUUCUGGGACACUUUUAA